UUUAUCAGCUGUGAUUACGUAAUUCGUAGGAGCAAAGUGAGAUUGUUUUCUAAUUUGCAAAAAAUUAAUAGCAAAUAUUAAAUAUGUUCCACCGAUCACGUUCAUUGAGUACUAUUGUACGUCGAGGCUAUAACCAGGCAGCACAGGAUAUGGCUGGAGUAAAACCUCCGAAGGGACCAGGUGGUAGUGAUGGUGUUAAUACCAAUGUCCCAGGACUAAGCAGCAACAUCGUCAAACCAGCUUCCGGCCCACUCGGUCCCGGUGCUUCUCCGACUGGUGAAUAUAAAGUCCCGGAAUACUAUUCAUUCAACCGCUUCAGUUACGCCGAAGCAGAGGUUGAAAUGGCCAAAUAUCGCCUACCACAACCUUCCGCACAUAGAAAAUAAUCAGCAAAAUAAAUGUGAAUAGAACAGUGUGAGAAAAAUAACUAAUAUUAAUUAUCAAAAUAAAUAAUACAACAAUUA